AUUAUGCGUGAAUAGGCCAAAAUCCCACGGUUACACAAGCAUUCAACCAUGGUAAAGCAAGCCCAUCGAAGAUGUCCCUCUAGUGAACGUCAACAUUGCUUUGGAAGAACCCAUCUGGUAUCGUCGGCGGAAAUAGGCGUGCCAAGACGAGUUUGAAAGCAACAGAGCUAGAUAAGUCUCUGAUAAAGCUGAAGUAAAAGGAUAGGUCAAUAUGAGUCGCGAAGACAUUCCACGUUGACGAGGCCUGAAGUCUCGUCAUUUCCUGAGACUCGUUAUCCUUCUUAGAGACCAAAUGGGCACAGACACCGCGUCCGAACCACCAGAGGACGUGAUUGGAGCUCCAACCGAUGCUCUGAGAUGGACUGACGAGCAUGACCCAGAGAACCCAUUCAACUGGCCAGCUACGAGGCGAUGGAGUGUUGUAUGUUUGGCAUGUUACGUAACUUUCAUCGUCGGGUGGAAUGCCACCACAGUCUCAGGAGCAGCGAUAGAGAUUGGCGAAUACUUUGGUGUUAGCGACCAGAGUUUCCCCAAUUCGUUUUGGCCCGUUACCUCUUGGACGACUGGCGCUGCUGUGGCGCCAAUGAUCGUGCUGCCGAUAAUGGAGGAUUUUGGUGUCCGUCCAGGAUAUUUGAUUUCGUAUUUUAUUUUUUCGAUAUUUGUCAUUCCGCAAGCUGUGGCUAAGAAUUUCGCGACACUGGUUGCGACUCGCUUCUUUGCUGGCUGUUGCGCCGGAAUUUUACAGGAUGGCACAGAUGGCAUUGUCGCCGACUUAUUCCCUGACCCUGUCAAGCGAAGCCUACCAAUCAGUUGUUACGUGUUUUCUCUUCUCGCUGGAGUUACAAUAGGGCCGGUCAUUGGCGGUGCUAUCAACGUACACUUAUAUUGGCGAUGGAUAUUCUACAGCCAGCUCUGCAUCUACUUUGGUUCGUUUCCAUUCAUAUUCCUCAUUAUGAAAGAAACGCGGGGCCCUGUGAUCCUGUUGAAACGGGCGAAAAAUGCAUCUGAUCAGCAACAAGCCAAUGUUUCCGAACUAGAGAAACAGCAACACCAUAUCAACCUCGUCCGGUUCUUGAAAGACAACGUUGUACGGCCUGCUUAUUUGCUCGUUACGGAGCCGGUUGUCUUCUUCUUUACCCUCCUGACAGCGCUCUCCUACGGCAUUGUCUUUAUCUCAUCGCAGAGUGUCACCCAAGUCUUCAUGGCGCUUUAUGGCUGGCCCGAACAUCAAACCGCCUACGUGCAAGCUGCGAUUGUGGUCGGCGAGUUUCUCGGCCUGCUCAUAUGCUUGUACCAGAACUACCUGUUCGAAAGGGCAUUCCGGCCUGAAAGUCGCACACCAAGGUCUCGACUUCCAGAAGUUCGCCUCUACAUGAGCAUUCCUGCUUCCUUCAUCGGGCUUGCCGGCGGACUCUUUUGGUACGGCUGGACAAGUUACAGCUCCUUGCAUUGGAUUUUGCCCGUCAUUGGGCUGACCCUUACUGGAAUUGGCAGUAUGGUGGUCAUGCAAGCUGUCAUGAUGUAUCUUACGGAUGCUUAUGCGAAGUAUGCUGCAAGUGCGAGCGCCGCAGCUUGCGCGGGAGAAAACAUCUUUGCUGCUUUCCUACCCUUGGCUGCUCAGUCAAUGUACACCAACCUGGGAUUCCAGUGGGCCAGCAGUGUUUUGGCGUUCAUCGCGCUUGCCUUGAGCUUUGCGCCCAUAGUGCUCAUUUUCUACGGCGAGACCAUCAGAAGAUGGAGUCCGUUCAUGUCCCAAGCAACAUAUGAAUAAACAGUCAAUGGACAGAUAGACAGCUGGGAUCUGUUGCUGCAGACUUCAAAAGGCUCAAGAGGCAAACUACCCGUAUGGCUUCUACGUCUUUUAUUAGUGAACACAGGGCUGCUUCUUGAC